AUGUCAGGACUAUUCGCCGUCCUCGGAGCCACAGGAACGCAAGGCUCUUCAGUCAUCAGAUACCACGUCGUCUUCAUCCGCCAAGCUUUGCGCGAUCAAGGCAUCGAGGUGGUCCAGGCCGACGUGGACGAUGAACAAUCACUGGCUAUUGCAUUCAAGGUGAGCAAGGCAACCCUCCCAUGGGGCUACAUCCUGCAACUUGAGCUAAUCGCGAGCCCGAACAAAGUCUGCCACCAUCAUCUUCGUCGUCACCGACUUCUGGAACCCUGGGCCAAAUACUUCUCCACAGGACACGCAGAUCCUUGGAAGGCAGCACUAGACGAUGAGGUUCGCCGUGGAAAGAACAUUAUAAGCGCUGCAGAACGGACUCUCGACACUCUCAAACACUUCAUCUUCUCGUCCCUUCCCAGUCCCGAGGCUGUCAGUAGCGGCAAGUUUGCCAACAUGCCUCACUACGAUGGCAAAGUCCAGCUAGCACAACAGAUCCACGCUUCGGCAUCCCAGGCCAGCGGCCAGAAGACUCUGGGCGACAUCACAACAGAAAUAUGGGCGACAUACUACAUGGAGAACUUCAUCAGAUUCGAGCUUAAUGCAUACUUACGACCUCGCAAGGUAAACGCCGCCGUGCUCGAAUCUCACCAUUUCCAGUCUCUGCAGACCUCCUCGUCCGAUUCGCCGCACUAUAUUCUCAGCACGCCUCAGCUGCCCUCGACGCAGCUCGCGCUUUUAGCCUCCGAAGCCGACUUUGGAGCCUUUGUUGCGCCUCUGAUCUCCCGCAAGCCCUCUCCGAAGACACCCGUCCUAGCUGUCUCACAGCGUCUCACCUUCCCAGAGAUCUGUGCCGUGCUGUCUAAGCAGAUCGGCGUUGAGAUCAAGUACCAGCAAGCUGCCGACCGCGACUAUGAAGCGAAGUACGGAAGCUUUGGCGUGGAGUUCGAGAGAAUGUAUCAUUUCUAUGAUGAAUUUGGUUAUUGUGGUGACACGCCUACUGUCGGGCUUGAUGAGCUGAACAUCAAGACCGUCUCGCUCACCCCCUUCAAAGAUUUCGUAGCGAAGCAGAAGUGGGACGGAUUCCUAGUUGAGUGA